AUGGGCUUUCGAACCUCAUUUGCGAUCUCGGCUUUUUCCUCGUCCGCCAUGGCAUCGCGAAGCCUUGGAGUGCACGCGCUGGUUCUGCUGACCGCCGUGGCGCCGGCGUUCGUGGCGCAGGUGCGCAAGGUGACGCAGCACCCUCCUGUGAGUCGAGCAUUGCCCGCCACCAAGGUUACGUUGUUUGGAGGAACUGUGCGGAGUUUGGAGAGACCACCACCGAAGCUCCGAGCACGGGGUCUGCCCCCAUGGCUCCCAUGGCUUGCUCGAGGGCAUCAGCAUGUCUCCAUUUGGAAGAAGCUCCUGCUGGAGCAUGACAGAGCCGAUUUCGCCCUUAUGAUUUCAUUGCUUACAUUCAUCCUGAAUGUCGGAAACUUCUCAAGAGCAUUCCAGCAGACGGACGCAGGUGAGGUGCGGAAGGCAGUGGCUAAAAUGAUGAAGGCUUUCGAACCCGAGCUGGCGAAGACGAUGGUAGCGGAACGAGAAGUUGUCGAACGUAUCGAAACUCGACUCAGGAGUUGGCAAGGCCACGCCACGAUCAUCGCCGGUCGCCACGGCUCCGGCAAAUCGGUGGCCCUCGAGGAGGCUCUACGCGGCAGGCAGGGUGUUUACGUUCACGCCGUUCGGGACAAGGAUUGGGAGAAGACGCUCUACAAAGACCUGGGCUUGGACAACCUGGGCAUGUUGAAGGAUGCCCUGCGCCUGGUCUGA